AUGUAUUGCAGAUUGCUUUGUCAAGAUUGGCGCUUUCUAGUCUGCACAACCAUCCUCACCGUUUUUGCCCUCAUCGGAGAUGAUGCGCGACUACUUCUUACGAGCCGGGAAGCCGAUAAUUUCUUCAAUAUUCUCAUAGUGCUGGCCUUUAUGAUCUUCUCCACGGAGAUUGUUGCCGCGUCGUUGGGCGUUCGCGGAUACUUCAACAGCUUCUUUUUCUACUUGGACUUGAUAGCAACUUCCACUAUGCUUUUGGACCUGACCUGGUUUGGCAAUGUCCUCUAUUGCAAAGAUCACUCCGACCUUAGACCAACCAGCCAAAAUAGUUUUGAGACCUUCUUGUCCAACUUGACGGACACACGUGCAAGCCGCGCUGUUCGAAUCUUGCGCCUGGUCCGUUUGGGCAAGCUGUACAAAUUCUAUGUGCGGAGUGCUGAUCAUAGCCGAGCAGAACCACUACAUAGUGUGCCGCCCGGUAACCCCCUGGAGUCUCAGCCAUCUGGUCAUUCGCAGGAGUGGGACUUGAACAGUGAUGUGGUCAAGCCAGAUGAUCAGGAGGAGGAUAAGGAAGGUGCUCAGGAAGAGACACGAGUUGGAAAGAAACUUUCUGACAUGACCUCUCGCCGAGUUAUCAUUUUGAUCCUCGUUAUGCUGUUCUGCUCCUUCUUCUUCACUGUAGAAAGCUGGGGCAAAGAGUUUGCGCAUUCUGGAUCUUUGGGGCCAAACUUGAUCUAUGAGCGAUUUCGAUCUUGGUGCCCAACAUCCGCUGUUAACCCUUGGUGCUUGCGACCAGCAGCUCCAGAACAAAACCAGCCAGGCAGGCAGGAGCAGAGAGCAUGGUAUGAACAAUACUUGCAAGGAUUCAUCCGGAGUCAUUUGAGCGGUCCGUUUGCCUGGCGUUUGUACUGGGUCGGCCUUGGAUCAACCACCUUCUCUCCGAACAACGAGAGCUCCGCGGACCGUGUCAUACGGCGUUCGCACGUUUUGGACGAAUUUCUUGGGACAUUGGCGCAGCUGAACCAGCAGCAGUGGCUGGGAGUUUCGCUUCCGAAGGAAGAGCUAUGGCGCUGGGACUCGCAAGGAUUCGGAAAUUCCAAUCCCAUUCCUCAAGAGGUCAAGGAAAGACUUGUUAGCCCUUGGCGGGAGCAGUGCUUGGGAUUCGUCGGUGUUCCGCUCUACUCUGACAGCGCAGCCUACAGCAUGUCCACUGCUUGUUCAGUGUCUGACCAGCUACGCUGCAAUGAGGUCCACUAUGAGAUGCCAAUGCUGCAGACCCGUUUGGAAGCUGACAACGUCAACCUUCUUUUCGUCUUCGACACGCGUCCCAUCACGCGGAGUGAGGCGGGACUGAGCAUGUUGGAUCCUCAGAUGUGCUACGCAGCGCAGCUGGAUCUGUUGCAGACCUUCUUCAUUUGUGUAGCUCUGGCGGUUGGCGCAAUCUCCUUCUCAAAAGAUGCGGACCACCUUCUGCUGGCCCCACUAGAGAGGAUCCUGGUCAAACUCGAGGCUAUCAGGAAGAACCCCCUUCAUGCCAUGAAGCUCGGAGAUAUCGAGUACAGGGAGCAAGAGCUUGAAGAGGAAGGGAAUGGAGAGAAGCGGUUUUGUUGCAACAAGAGGCGUGACAAGAGCUCGGAGCUCGAGACAUUAGAAACGGCAAUUUUGGAGAGGACAUUGAUCAAGCUUGGUGGUCUUCUUGCCUUAGGCUUUGGUGAGGCCGGAGCUGAGAUCAUUGUUCACAACAUGCAGGGUGGCACCUCUGCAGAACUGAAUGCUAUGGUUCCAGGACAAGAAGUGGAAGCAGUCUUUGGCUUUUGCAGCAUCCGAAAUUUCGGUGAUGCCACCGACGUCUUGAAAGAGAAGGUCAUGGUGUUUGUCAACCAAGUGUCCGAGAUCGUCCACGGUAUUUGCGACACAUACCAUGGCUCGCCCAACAAGAUAAUUGGUGGCAACUCAUUUCUUGUGGUCUGGCGCAUGCGAGGGAGAGACCCAGAGCUGAGGGCCAAGAUAGCAGACAUGGCCGUCAUGUCCUUCGUUUGUAUCACCAUCGAAGUGCAGAAGUCCAAUACGCUGGCAACGUAUCGAUCACAUCCUGGCCUCCAACAACGCUUCCCAAAUUUCAGGGUGACACUUGGAUUUGGAUUGCACUGUGGCUGGGCAAUUGAAGGUGCAAUUGGCAGCGAGUACAAGAUCGAUGCUUCAUAUUUGUCACCGAAUGUAAAUGUGGCUUCACAGCUCGAAGCAGCGUCUGGUCAGUUAGGACUUUGGGUUCUCCUUUCCAACUACAUGGUAAAGCUCUGCAGCCCCGACUUGUUGCCAUAUUUCCGCAUGAUUGACAACGUCAUGUUGGAAGGCUCCAAGAAAACGCUGCGGCUGUACACGUUGGACUUGGACCACAGCCGAGUCAAUGUGAAGCCUAAGCUGCGAGGCACCAAGAAAAAGGUGUACAACCGCUACAAGGUGAGGCAAAUGCGGGAAGCUGUGAAGAAUGAGUUGUGGACUUCAGACUUCGACAUCAUGGAAGUGCUCUCCGGGCACUCCGAUUUCAUUGAAAUGCGUGAGCCAUAUUCCAAGGAAUUCUUUGAACGCUUCGCAGUGGGCGUGCGCAACUACGAAGCCGGGGAGUGGUUGGUGGCUCGCGACCUGUUCAUCACCUGUCAUUACUCCGAGGAGCUGUGCAAGAGCAACUCCCAGCCCGGAGUGUGGCCCACAGAUGGACCUGUGAAAUCUUUGCUCGAGUUCAUGGAGAAGUAUCACUUUGAAGCACCUUCCGACUGGCCUGGCUAUCGACACUUGAUACCGGGCUCAGCAUGA